AGAUAAUUUUUAGUUCUCCCUGGAAUGUUCAUCAGAUGAAGACGACUGUGCACAAAAAAUUGUUAACACACGUGCUGUUUUACAAGGUGCAAAGUCCUUGCAUGCAGUACCGUCGAGUCGUCUUGCGCAUGCAUAAUGCACUUUCACAGUUCAAUAAACAAGUCAACAGCAGCAACACCCACCCAGUCAGUCGUCGGCUGUUAAGUUUGUUUUUGUGCUGUAUGAUUGAACUUUGUACGUUUAAAUGGCUGUUUGAGCUAGACCUAAGGGAAGGCCAUUGUACCUUUUGAUGCAUACCAUGAAUAUUGUCAUGCAAUUACAUAUUUUAUGAGUUGACAAUCAAUAAAAAUACAAUAAACAGGAUCACGGGAUGUCGGGGUUCGAUGAAAGCAGCUUCGGCAGCGGGGGCAGCGAGCGAGAGAAGGCCCCUGACACUAGGGCAACUGGAAAGUUUCUGCAGCUUCCACGCGGAGCGCCCACGCCUGGCUCAGCCUCCGCAUCAGCUGUUCCACCGCGGCUCAACAAACCGAAAUUACAUCUCAACAUCAGUCUUGCACUGCAGCAGAACGAGAAAAGUCACAGUGCAGACGAUAUCCACGAAGCUGGGGAUAAACUCAGUACCAUCGUUCCUACUCUUCGAUUUCUAAAUAAAUGGAGGCAGAGCGCGAAAGAUUUUACGUUGUCUCCUAACCCUUCCAGCUCCGGCAGACCGAAGUUGAUGAGCAGCAUGAGUCUAGCCCCGAGCAGCGGCAUGUCUAGCCUGCAGCCACCGGUGAUUUCUGCCUCGCUGCUAGGUCCAGCUAACCCUAUUUCUACUCCAAAACUCCCCAAUGCUCUCAUCGAGAUGUGUGUGGUCGUGGGGAUGGAUCAUGACACUGGAUUGAAACUUGCCAGGAAGUCGAUGUCUGCAUCUCAGCAUUACAAUUUCCGUAAUAGCGGAGAUGGAAUGCCAAUUUUUUCCAGAGCCUUUGAACCACAAGUCUUGGCCGUCUUGACGCGUCAGAUGGCAGUUUUCCCCCAGAACAAAUCUCUGCUCGGACCCGAUGGGUACGGCGAGUACGCGUACCCUCGAACCCCUGUGUCUGUGACCACACCCCCUGCGAGGGACCUUGGGUUUCCCAGCGGAUUCCAGCGGCAGAGACGCAUCACCCGGAGGCUGUCCAUCAAGCCGCGGGCACUUCCUCUCUCGUACAAUCAAGAGAUGAUCAAUUCUUUACCUCCACUCUGCUUCCCAGGUGAUGCAAUGGUCAGUAAAGGUCAGCGAGAGGAAUCGUUCCAUUAUCUAGUCUUGACCAGUUUAAGAGGAACCAGAUCAUAUGCAACGUGUCUCACUUUCUAUCGACAGUUUAUAGUUCACAAGGUAAGACCAUCACUGGAAUGAAACAAACUUGAAUAUAUCACUUUUAUGAUAAUAUUCAAUAUUAUCAUCAUCAACA